GGCUUCCAUGAACUUGUCUCAAUCUCCUUAUUCAAUUCUCCUUUUCCACUGAAUUCUAACAUAACAAAUCCAAAUUUCCCUCUCCACUAUCACAAUCUCUCAUUUGCUUUAUCAAAUUCUCUACAUUUGUGUCAAGGUAGAGAUGACGAUUCUUUACACGCUGGUGGCCAGAGGAUCUGUUCUGUUGGCGGAAUUCAGUGGUACGUCGACCAACGCGAGCACCAUCGCCAGACAAAUUCUCGAGAAAAUCCCCGGAAACAAUGAUAUGAAUGUUUCGUAUUCGCAAGAUCGGUAUAUUUUUCACGUUAAACGGACUGAUGGCCUCACUAUUCUCUGUAUGGCUGAUGAUGAUGCCGGAAGACGAAUUCCAUUUACAUUUCUUGAAGAGAUUCAUCAGAGAUUUGUUAGAACAUAUGGUCGAGCAGUUCUAACAGCCCAAGCUUAUGAAAUGAAUGAUGAGUUUUCUAGGGUUUUGAGCCAACAAAUGGAAUAUUACUCCAGUGAUCCCAAUGCAGACAGGAUAAACCGUUUAAAAGGUGAAAUGAGUCAGGUAAGAAGUGUGAUGAUUCAAAAUAUUGAUAAAGUUCUUGAGAGGGGUGAUCGAUUGGAAACACUUGUUGAUAAAACUGCAAAUAUGCAAACGAAUACUUUUCGAUUCAGAAAGCAGUCUAGAAGAUUCAGGAAUACAAUGUGGUGGAAAAAUGUCAAACUUAUGGUUGCUAUGGUAAUUCUUCUCCUGGUGAUAGUGUACAUUGUUCUGGCAUUUGUUUGCAAGGGGUUUGCACUUCCAGCUUGUCUAUGAUGAAAACCAGAAACAAAUGGGAAAUUUGAUUUAUUAGGGUUUUUGAAUUCAAAGCCUUUGAAAAAAGUUCUUGCAUUUUUUUGACAUUCUUUUAUGGUAAUUUGAUAAGUUAUUUGUAUCGAGUUGUUUUGUUAUAUGAGGAAUAAUAAGUUUACA